AAUAUGACCGCCCUGCUCAUUCCCUUGUGCCUCAACUAUCUAUUUGACAUGAGCAGGGACAAAAGGACAAGAUGGGGAAUAUGACAAGCAGUAACAAGAUUUCUGCCCAGGACCGCGCGAUCCUGGACAUGAAGAACCAGCGCGACAAACUACAUCAAUAUCAGAAGCGCAUUACUGUGAUAACAGAUCGCGAGACGGCAAUUGCAAAAGAAUGCCUUGCAAAGGGCGAUAAGCGCAAAGCGUUACUUGCGCUGCGCCGGAAAAAGUACCAGGAGUCUCUGCUCGCCAAGACCGAUGCACAGCUUGAACAGCUUGAGAAGCUCACGGGCAGCGUAGAAUUUGCGCUUGUUCAAAGGGAUGUGGUCUUUGGGCUGCAACAGGGCACAAGUGUGUUGAAGGAGAUUCAUCGCGAAAUGGGUGGGAUCGAGAAUGUCGAGAAGCUCAUGGGAGAAAGUGCUGAGGCACAGGCAUAUCAACAGGAAAUUAGCGACAUGCUUGGUGAGCGCAUGACAAAUCAAGACGAAGAUGAAGUCGAGGAUGAACUUGAGGCCCUUGAGCGUGAGAUGGCCGGGACCAAGUUGCCGGAUGCACCAACGGCUGAACCUGUUCAAGAUGAGGUCGUUAAAGAUGAGGCUACAGCUCAGAGAGCCAGGGCAAGAGCGCGCGCAAGAGCAAGGGCUGAAGAGCAGGCGUCAAGGCAGGCGGAGCCCAUGCUGGCAUGAUUUCGAUUUACAGCUCAUAAUCUCGCGACCUUUAUCACGAACUGGCGUUAUUUAAGACCGCAUUUUCCCACUCCAGCAUUUUGAAGUUGCAUUUACAGCGCAUAUUUUUAGUAGGAGCAUUAUUUUUGUAUCAAUAGAGCCAGUGCUCGAGUAUAUAUAUGACUGUAGAUACCAGUACAAUAUAAUAUUCUUAGCCUCACCU